AAUGUCCGUGGAGAAGGGUGCUAGCCAGGAACCAGAUCAAAAGAUGGAUAUUUCCCCCGAAAUUUUGGAAAUGUCUGCCGAACAAAUACGUGAACGUACAAUGCUUUUAGAUAACGAAGUUCGAAUUAUGAGAAGUGAAAUUCAGCGAAUCAAUCACAGUGUUCAAAACCUUAAAGAAAAGGUUAAAGAAAAUAAUGAACGUGUUAAGGUUAAUAAGCAACUUCCAUAUCUCGUUUCUAACGUUAUUGAAUUGCUUGAUCUUGAAGACCAACAAGAAGAUGAAGGAGCUAAUGUUGAUUUGGACGCUCAUAAGACUAAAUGUGCUGUUAUUAAAACUUCUACUCGUGCAACAUAUUUUUUACCGGUUAUUGGAUUAGUUGACACAGCAGAGUUAAAGCCUGGUGAUUUGGUUGGUGUUAAUAAAGAUUCUUAUUUGGUUUUGGAAAAGUUACCGCCAGAAUAUGAUUCUCGAGUGAAGGCUAUGGAAGUUGAUGAGAGACCAACGGAAACUUAUUCUGAUAUUGGCGGUUGUGACACUCAAAUAAAAGAAUUAAUUGAAGCUAUUGUACUUCCAAUGACUAAAAAGGAAAUAUUUUCGAAUAUUGGAAUUUUGCCUCCUAAAGGUGUUCUUAUGUAUGGACCUCCAGGAACCGGAAAGACUAUGUUGGCUCGUGCUGUUGCUGCUCAAACAAAAUCAGCAUUUCUGAAACUUGCAGGCCCUCAACUUGUUCAGAUGUUCAUUGGUGAUGGAGCAAAAUUAGUUCGAGAUGCUUUUGCUCUUGCAAAGGAGAAAGCACCUGCUAUUAUUUUUAUUGAUGAAUUGGAUGCUAUCGGAACUAAGCGUUUCAAUUCGGAAAAAGCUGGUGAUCGAGAGGUUCAGAGAACAAUGUUAGAAUUGCUUAAUCAAUUGGAUGGGUUUCAACCAAAUGAUGAUGUUAAGGUAAUUGCUGCCACAAACCGUGUUGACGUUCUUGAUCCAGCACUUUUGCGUUCGGGUCGUCUUGAUCGCAAAAUUGAGUUGCCAGCGCCAAAUGAGAAGGCACGAGCACGUAUUUUGCAGUUACAUUCUCGUAAAAUGAAUGUUAGCAAAGAAGUAAAUUUUGAUGAAUUGGCACGUUGUACUGAUGAUUUUAAUGGUGCACAAUGUAAAGCUGUUUGUGUUGAAUCUGGAAUGAUUGCACUUCGCCGUGAUGCAACAACUGUUGGUCACGAAGAUUUUAUGGAUGCUAUUUUAGAAGUACAAGCUAAAAAGAAGACUGCAUGUUGGCCGCUUCAUCCAGCUCACAAUAUGAAGAACGCACAGAACGAACUCGUAGCAGCACACAAAACAGAAAAACAACUUCAUAUUGUUGAAUGGCAGCAUAUGGAUUUGUACAAAUUCUAUCCAUUAGCUUUUCUUGCUUCCUCUUCAAUUCGUGCAAUUUUCUAUCCAUUAAAUCUUGUCAAAUCUAGAUUACAAUUACAAAAACAAAAUAAUGUUUAUACUGGAAUGCGGCAUGCAUUCUCUUCUGUUUAUAGAAGAGAAGGCUUUUCAGCACUUUAUAGGGGUUUUUGGAUAACACUUCCACAAAUUGGAGCAAGCUGUAUAUACUCAACAAUUUAUGAAAAAGCUAGAAGUGUGCUUCAUUUGAGAGCGAAUAUUGAAUCGCCAUUAUUAGUUUCUGCUUUGGCAGGUGGAAUAGCUUCUGUUUCUGCCCAGUUUAUUUUUGUUCCAACUGAUAUUGUCAGUCAACAUAUGAUGAUUUACAACAAUCCAAAACAAUUUCUUGGGAGCAGUGUAAAUAAAGCAGCAAUUAUUAAUUUGUUAGGCAUUGAUGGACCUAAAACUAUUGGAAGCAGUCGAAAUUAUUAUACGUCUUCGCUUUUGGGUUUGAGAGUUGUAAAAGCUAUUCAUAAAGCCGAUGGAAUUACUGGAUUUUAUAGAGGUUUCUUCUCUUCCUUACUUCUUUACUUACCUCAUUCAAUGUGUUUCUGGUCAGCUUAUUAUUCUUGGCUAGGCUUUUUUAAACGAAGUUUUGGCAUUGAUUCACGAAUCGAAUCUGCACCAGAAAAUUUCCGUUCACUUCUAGCUCUACAAUCAAUUUCUGGGGCAUUAGGAGGCACUACAGCAGCGCUUUGCACUAAUUGUCUGGAACUUUUGAGGAUUAGAAUACAGGUUCACAGAACUGGUUAUCUUGAAACUAUAAAAUGCCUUUAUUCGGAGGAGGGAAGAAAUGUGUUUACUAAAGGAUUAGCACCUCGAAUGAUAAAUAAUGGCCUUCAAAGCUUUUUUGUCAUUACCGGUUAUGAAACAAUUAAACGACUUUGUGUAUUGCCUGAAUAUAAAAAUUCUAUUGUUUGGUGA